UUUCUAAACAUUUGGUACUGUGUUUGCUUUGUUGCAGCUUUAGCAUGCCUUAUCUCUCUUGCCUUAGUUCACACUCGGAGCACAGUCAGUGCCCAGCAAAGUGAAGGUUUCUUCAAUGGUUCAUCGUAUGUCCGAUUGUUCUCCCCAAUCUCUCUUCAUGGACACACAGGACUCAGUUUUCGGACGUGUGUCGGAGGCGAGCUGUUCUCUCAGACAAACGGUCGUAACUCAAUCUCUCUGGAGGUCCAAACAGACAGGCUUCUGUUCUCGGUGUCAGUCCAGGGACAGAACUUUGACACUCAACUCAAUGUCCGGUUCCUUGAUAACAGCUGGCAUACUGUGAACUUAUUGUACCGGCUUGGGAAUCUGACACUGUCUGUUGCAGGACACUCUCAGGUCGUUGCCAACUCAACCUACAAUUCUGAGAUUCUAAACCAUCCAGACCUGUCAAAUGAAAACUCAGUUCUCAUUGUUGGAAGAGACUUCCAUGGAUGUCUGUUGGAGGGUCCAAGCAUUGUAUUUAACAAACCAUCUUUGGUGCAGGCUCACAACGUGGAAUGGGGACCCUGUCCACUUACCAUCAACAGCUGCACGAAAACGGAUCACUGCUACAAUAAACCGUGCCUGCUGCAUGGUGAAUGCAUCUCCCUACCUGACCGGUACGAGUGUAAGUGUGCUGCUGGCUACUCUGGCAACAACUGCGAGAUUAACAAUGGUUCUCCCUGUAAACGCAACAGUGGAAAUCUUUGUAAAAAUAAUGGUCGAUGUGAAGAAGAUGCAGCAGGGAAUUAUCAUUGUUUCUGCGAAGGAAGAUUCACAGGUGCCCACUGCGAGACAGAGAUAAGCUCCCAUUUGUGUGAGAGCAACCCAUGCCAAAACAAUGGCAGCUGCCAUGUGUUGGACUCCAGUUAUGAGUGUACUUGUUUGCCAGGAUUCACAGGGCAGGACUGUGAGACUAACAUAAAUGAAUGUCUGCCGAAUCCUUGCCAACAUGGAGGUAACUGUUUGGAUGGCAUUAAUAACUACACCUGCUUUUGUGGCCGCACAGGGUACAUAGGAGUGAACUGCGAACAGAAUAUUAAUGAGUGUGAAAACAACCCAUGUCUGAACCAGGGGAGUUGUUUUGAUACUUACGGCAGCUACACUUGCCAAUGCAUGCAAGGUUUCGGUGGCCAGAACUGCGAGCUGAAUCUGAAGGAAUGCAGUUCCAAUCCAUGUCAUAAUGGAGGAGAAUGCAAAGACUUGGUUGGAAGUUAUAAGUGUGAAUGUUUACCUGGCUUCACUGGUGAUAACUGUGAGGUCAACAUUGAUGAAUGUGAAUCCGCCAUCUGUCCUGUAAACUCAGAAUGUGUUGAUGGCAUUGGAACAUAUCAGUGUGUCUGCAAAGCAGGUUUUCCAGGUACUUCUUACAACUGUACUGGAGUCAGUCUUUGUCAUAGUAUGCCAUGCCUCAAUGGCGGUACCUGCAGUGACAUGGGUGACCGUUACAACUGUACGUGUUCUGCCAGUUUUAUGGGUGUGCAAUGUGAGCGUGCUGCACUACUUGAUUGGUGCAUUGCUACACCGUGUAGAAAUGGUGGCACCUGCAUGGGCGACAGCUGUGAAUGUCCUCCGCACUUUACAGGCCGCUUGUGUGAGACACUCAUCCAGUGUUCUACUAACCCCUGUCAGCAUUCCUCAAAAUGUCAGGAUUACAGUGAUGGCUACUACUGUGAGUGUGAUCCUGGCUGGACUGGGCAAAACUGUGAGAAUGAUGUUAAUGAAUGUCACUCAAACCCUUGUCGCAACAGUGGCACCUGUGUGGACACCAUCAAUGGAUUCUAUUGCGAGUGUGCACCUGGUUUUACAGGUAACAUGUGUGGUGUGAACAUUGAUGAAUGUGCAUCAGGACCAUGUCAGAAUGGUGGCAUCUGCAUUGACCAUGUGCAUGGCUAUAAAUGCAACUGCAGUGAAGAUUUUAUGGGUGAUAAUUGUGAACUCGAGUAUGAUGUGUGCGGUCUUGUUCCCUGCAAGAACAAUGGCACUUGUAUCAGCAGCCACAACAAACGUGAUUAUCAGUGCCGCUGUCUAUCAGGAUUUGAAGGCCUUAAUUGUGAGGUGAAUAUUGAUGACUGUAUUCAAGCAAGUUGUCCAAACAACAAAGUGUGUGUUGACGGGGUGAAUGGCUAUGACUGCCGCUGUCGACAGGGUUUCACGGGUGAUAACUGUACCACAAGCAUUGACUUCUGUGAGGAGCACCCUUGUCAAAACAAUGCCACAUGUACUGACACUUAUGGCAACUACACAUGUGUCUGCCCAGUUGGCAUCACUGGGCGUAACUGUGAACAUGAUGUUGAUGAGUGUUCUAAAUCACCGGAACUUUGCAACAGCGGUAUAUGUGUCAAUAGUGUGGGAAGCUACCUUUGUUUCUGCAGUCCGGGAUUUACUGGUGACCAUUGUGACUUGGACAUUGAUGAAUGCCUAUCACAGCCUUGUCACAAUAAUGCCACAUGCAAGAACAGGAUAAACAGCUACCACUGUAUCUGUACACCUGGUUUCACAGGCAAGGACUGCAGCACUGACAUUGAUGAAUGUGCAUCUGUUCCAUGCAAGAAUGGAGCAACUUGCAUUGAUGAUAUUGCUGCCUUUAGGUGCAUCUGCCCUCCAGGUCUCACAGGUUCUCUCUGUGAGAUUGACAUUGAUGACUGUGAGUCCUCACCAUGCCUCAACGGUGGACAAUGUGUGGAUUUAAUCAACAGCUUCAUGUGUAACUGUACAGACACAGGUUAUGAAGGUGAUUUUUGUGGGAAUAACAUUGAUGACUGUCAAGCUGCCCCAUGUACCAAUGGAGCUGAGUGCCAUGAUGGUAUUAAGGAUUAUAACUGCAGUUGUUUUGAAGGUUAUACAGGUAAGAACUGCGAAAUUGACAUCGAUGAGUGUGAGAGUUCGCCAUGUCAGUAUGGAGGCACCUGUUUGGAGCGUUCAAACCAGUCUCUUUACCAACAGGUUGGAUCCCAGACUGCUUUUUUCCCUGAGAAAUUCAAGUACUUCUCUGCCAGUGGGUACAGGUGUGUUUGCGUACCAGGAAUCACUGGUGAGAACUGUGAGGUCAAUGUGAAUGAAUGUGACCCGGAUCCUUGCAUCCAUGGAUCCUGCAAAGACGUGAUAGGAGGCUAUGAAUGUGAAUGUGAGGAUGGAUUCGAAGGGGUGCAGUGUGAAACUGAGAUUGAUGAGUGUGAACAGUACACACCAUGUGUUCAUGGUACAUGCUCAGACAGAAUAGCAAACUAUUUCUGUGAUUGUGAACCCAAAUAUGGCGGUAAGAACUGCUCUGUAGAGCUAACAGGUUGCUUGGAUGGGCCCUGCUUGAACAAUGGUACCUGUAAACCCUAUCUAGAGAAUGAGACCAAUCAGAAGUAUAACUGUACUUGCCCAAAUGGUUUCCAUGGACAAAACUGUACUCAGGUUACUACAAUGUCUCUAAAUGGCUCAUCCUUCAUUUUGGUCAACACAACUCGUGAAGAGGGAUAUGACAUUCAGUUUCGAUUCAAGACUACCCUCUCCAAUGGAUUGCUUGCUAUAGGAAAGGGCUCAACAUACUAUAUUCUUGAACUGGUUAAUGGCAAGCUCAAUCUUCAUUCAAGCUUGCUCAAUAAAUGGGAAGGUGUAUUCAUUGGCUCAAAACUCAGUGACAGCAACUGGCAGAAGGUUUUUGUUGCAAUUAACACUUCACACCUGGUCCUGGCUGCGAAUGAGGAACAGACCAUCUAUCCAAUCAACCUGAGUGAGGCCAACACAUCCUUUACAAGUUUCCCGACAACAUACCUGGGGAGCACCAUGCCCUACUUGAGUGGCUUGAUACACGGUCCAUCCUCAUUCAUAGGUUGCACUGAGGAUGUUAUUAUCAAUGGUGAAUGGGUUCUGCCAAAUGUACGCACGAAGGAGGAGCUGUCUGUGCCUGUUACACUGAUGGGUGUGGAGGUGGGGUGUCCACGUGAAGACCAGUGCAAUCCGAAUCCAUGUCAUAAUGGUGGCAUGUGCACAGACCUCUGGAGGAACUUCAGUUGCGCAUGUGAACGUCCAUAUCUUGGGCACACCUGCCAGUACAACCUGACAGCAGCCACAUUUGGUUAUGAGAAUAUUACUGAUAGCCUUGUAACUGUGAUGAUGAAUGAUCCAGCCCGUAGGGCAAUUCGCAGUGUUGUGGACAUUUCCAUGUUCAUUCGGACUCGUCAGGAGGAAGGUACAAUCUUUUAUUUGGGUUCAUCAUCACUUAUCAGCUCUGGUGAGGAGACCUUUAUCCUUGCGCAGCUGGAUGCUGGAGAACUGCUGAUUAAAAUACAGUUCAGUGGCACACUGGAGAAAUACACUGUUGGAGGCCAGAAACUGGCUGAUGGGAACAACCAUCUCAUACAGGUUGUGCGUAACGUGACACUGGUCCAGGUGAAGAUAAAUGGAACAGAGUACUUCCGUAAGACUAUCUCUGCAACAGGCUCACUUGAUGUUAAUGUGCUAUAUCUUGGAGGCAUGCCUCAAAUGGGGCGCACCAUUCGCCAAGUUGAAGCAAUUCCAAAUCGAUCUGAAAUCACAAAAAUCCCAGUGAACUUCAAGGGCAUCAUACAAGAUGUGCAGAUUAGCAAUGGGAACCGCAUCAUGGUGGUAGAAUUCUUCCCAUUGAAAGCAGAGGAUCUAGACAUUCCACCUCAUUUUGGUACUGUAACCUUUGAUAAAUCGACAGUUUUGGAGGGAGUGGUAUCUGACAACUCGUGCAGAAACAACCCAUGCGAGCACAGUGGCACCUGCUUUGUGACAUGGAAUGAUUUCAGAUGUGUGUGUCCACAUGGCUACAAGGGCAAGAUGUGCCAGGAGAUGGAGUUCUGUCAGUUGCAGAACUGUCCAGCAGGCAGCACUUGCCAGAAUCUGGACAAUGGCUAUGAGUGUAUUGCCAAUGCCACUUUUGAUGGCCAUAACAUGUCACUUAACUACUCCCUUCGUGCAGUGAGCAGCUUCAAUAGUGAACAGCUGGACACCAUGAGCAUAACAUACCGUAGUCGAACAGGUGGUACCAUGCUGUACAUUCAUUCUGGUACAGAAUUCUUCUCAUUGUCUGUGUACCAUGAUCAGGUAACUGUGGCAUGGAAUUUUGAUGAGAUGCCACAUGGCCAAGUCUACAGAUUCCAUAAAGAUGAUCCAGAUGGCCAGUGGACAACAGUACUUAUCAGAAUGGACAACAAUGGCAUCAUGGGGAAAUUCAGUUUUGCUAGCGAGGACAGUGCACAAAGUUUUUCUUCUGCUAUUUUUCCUCUUGAAGCAUGGCAACAGCUUGUUACAAAUGGCAAGAUUAUGUUGGGAGGAAGGACAAAUGUACAAGACAACAUUGGUUUUGGUGAUGGAGUGUCUGUGUCAAAUAGACACAGUUAUGUGACGUUUGAUAGAUCUGGCUCUGAUAUAACGGGCUCAGGAACAAAUGAGAAUAGAGUGGACUACCCAGGUUUAGCCAUGACAACCACUACAACCCCAGUUAUUCCAUUUGCUCUUGAAGGUGCAUUCUUCAAGGGAUGCUUAGGUGAAGUCCGGAUUGGAGGUCUCUUACUUCCAUACUUCACUCCUGACCAACUGUAUUCUGACAACUCCACUGCACAGAACUCUUUUGAACUGUCUGCACCACGGGAGAGGGCACAUGAUAUAGAUGGGGGAUGUCGGUUAUGUUUCGAGAACGAGUGCUUAAAUGGGGGACAUUGUGGAGCCCCUGCAGAAUCAUAUGCUUGCAACUGUAGUGCAGGCUUUGAAAGCUAUGACUGUGCUACAAACAUUAAUGAGUGCGAGCAGAACCAGUGCCAGAAUAAUGCCACCUGUAUCGAUGGAAUUGCUAAUUACACCUGUAGCUGUCAUCAGGGUUGGGAGGGAUGGCUAUGUGAUGUUGAUAUUGAUGAGUGUACAUCCAAUCCAUGUCAACAUGAUGGGAUGUGUAUCAAUGGCUUAGGCAAGUUUGAUUGUAAGUGUACAUAUGACUACAUGGGUCUGUACUGUGAGAAUUUCAGACUUAUCACGUGUGACAAUACACCAUGCCUGAAUGGGUCCACAUGCACUGAUGUGAAGAACCCCAAGACAGGAGACAACUUCACUUGUAUCUGUAUGGAAGGCUUUGAAGGGCCAAACUGCAAUAAGCCGUACUGCCUGGAGCAGCCAUGUCAACAUGAAGGCACUUGUGACUUGACAGGACAGGCUCCUGUAUGUCGCUGUCACCCAGGUUAUGGGGGGAAGUACUGUGAGGAAGACAUGAAUGAAUGUGCAGUGGGGCCAGAAAAGAUUUCCCCAUGUCAGAAUGGAGGUAGCUGUACAGAUGGCAUCAAUAACUAUAUAUGCGACUGUUUGGGCACCGGAUAUGAAGGAAUGAACUGUACAGAAGACAUUGAUGAAUGUAGCAGAGAUCUCUUUUUGUGUGGGAUGGGUACUUGUCUCAACAUCCCAGGCAACUUCAGGUGUCAGUGCCCAGAAGGAAAGUGUGGUUUCAAGUGUGAUGAUGAUGACACAUGCUACGAGAAACCUUGCAAACAUGGUGGUAUGUGCUAUGAAAAAUGUGACAUUUCUUCUGGAGAUUACAUCUGUGAGUGCCCAGCAGCUUUCAGAGGGAAGAACUGCACAGAGGUAUAUGAGGAGGAAGAAAGUAGCAGUGCAGUGGACAUUGCCAUCAUUGUGGCACCCAUUGUCGGUCUGAUCCUCCUUGUCGUAGCAGUGGGACUUAGCGUGUUCAUUAAAAUGGCUCGCAAGAAGCGGGCAACACGAGGCACAUACAGUCCUAGUCAGCAGGAGUAUUGUAACCCUCGUGUGGAGAUGGACAAUGUGAUGAAACCACCACCAGAAGAAAGGCUCAUCUAGGUUUUUUGGUCUCGUAUUUAAAUGAAAAUUUCAGCUGUAGAAUGAAUCUCUCUUUGGAAGGAAACACAAGUUUUCAGCUGAAAGUCUCAGUGGACUGCAACUGUUGAAAAGUGGGAUUAGAGCUUGAAAUGAAAAUCAAGUUUUAAACCAUGACAGAAUGAUUUGUAACACCUUAAUAUUAUUUUAUAUUCAUCUCUUUUAACCCCUUAAGUGUGGGUGAAAUUUAUACCAUUGCAUCACUGGGUGGGGCUUUUUUAUUCCAUUAAAAGUAAUGUUGAAUUUUUUUAUAUAUUAUGAACAAUACAUAUUUAUUAGUUAUGGAAAACAAACUUUUCAUGUUGUUUAAAUUUUUAGGAAUUUUACUAACAAUUUCACCACAUUUUUAAAACAUUUUUCAUUUGUUUUCCCAUGCUAUUUCCAUUAGCUUUAGUGGAGUAAUUCACCAUAAAUUCUUAUUAAUGUCUUGCAGGACCUACUGUUCACAUAAUUCAAGAAGUCAUUUGCAAUUCUAUCAAAUUAAGAGAAAAUCAUUACACCAAAAACUACUGUUCUGUCUUGUGUGGUUGCCUGUUUCACCCCUACCAUCCAAAUCUCAGUGUAAGGUCAUAUACUAUGACUUAGAGCAGCAUCACUGAGUUAAAGAAAUUUCGCUAGAUGUCAGAACACUCGAUUGAGGCAUGACAGAAAUAGUGUGCAUAUAUAAGCUUAGCCCACUGAGAAACAGAAUUUUUUCUAAAUAGUGCAUAUAUGCACUCUCCCCACCGGGUGGGCAUUAACCAACCACGCAUGUAUGUGCUUAGCCCACUUAAGGGGUUAAUCUUGAGCCUGUAUCUUUUUAUUGAUUUUUACUGACCAGAAGUAUUAUGUGUUUUAAGGGCAUGAAUGUUCAAACAGUAGCCUUGGUUACUUUUCUUAAUUACCAUGGUUGUACACAGUUACUAUUCAAGACACAGUGACUGUUUUGUCUUUGUUCUAUUACCCAGCUACUAUUUGACACCUGACAUCUAUUUUCAAUUUGUUGAUUUAAAUAAAUUGUUGCCUGUAAUUUUGCAUUUGUAUUUCAGAAUAGUAUAAAACAGAACUUUAUUCAUAACUUUGUUAUAAACUAAAUAAGGGUUAUAAUUGUAUAGAACAAUUGCCUGUUCUAUGUUCUUAACCCUUUGUUUACUGAAGUUGGAACAAGAUGAUAGUGUGACCCACGAUGCAUGAUACUGCAGCAGCGAGGAUUCUGAUUGUCUUUACUUUAACCCGUAGACUUCUAUUUGAUCUUGUCUUCUCAGAAUCCUUUUUAAAAUCACUUCAAAAUAAAUUUCAAAAACUUGUUACAGUACAUCAGUUCCAACAAUUAAGGUACUAUGACUUUUAACCAGCGGUAUUUUACAGACAUUAAGGCAGCUAACAUCACCUGAUGGAGGUAACAUCCUGCAGAUGUCAGAGUGUGCCAGUGUGUUAAUAGAACAAUCAGUGCUUUUAGCUGGUAGGCAAUCAAUUUUGAAUGCAGGUUCAAGGUUCUUUACUAGGUAUUUUUUUAUUUUUAUGUAUGUACAUGGUAGUUUAUUUCAGAGAUUUCCCAAUGCUGAUGGAUCUCAGGUUGGCAGGUUCACCCAAUUAUGGAAUUGGAAGUCUUAACCUUUUUGGUGCAAGCCUCUGAAGAUCUUACUUGGGCAAAAGAUGCCAGUGAGGUUUUGUUAAGAUUUUAAAUUUUGAUCUUGAAUGAAAUUUAUUAAAUUUGUAUUGUUCAGAAGUGACAUGCUUAUUUUGCCUGUCAUUACUGGUUCAUUUCUUUGCCUCUAGUGCAGUGUGAUGAUUGCAGGAAACACCAGUUUCAGCAUUGCAAGGGUUAAACGUUGCUGUAGCAAGACUGUAAUUACUGUAAUUUUUUUGGCACAGAUCAUACCAUGAUAAGAUACCUGCUGCCAUUCCAUUGUUAAUAUUUUUGUUUUGAAUUUUAAUCCUUUCAGAACUGAUGGUUAAGAAUUUCAUUUCCCAAUUAACCAUAAUUUUUUGUAUGUAAAUGUGUACAUUCUAUUUUAUAUCCAUGGGCCUAUGUACAAAAAUUUAUUUUUUAAUAACUUCAUUUACUUCUGCAGAAAUGUACUGAUAUUGUAACUGACCAGUAUACCAGCUUAUCCAUAUUGUAGUUUGAUCCAUUAGUGAAAUCAAUAGUUUUGAAUCAGAAAAUCUUAGUGUUCAGUCAGAAAUUACUACAGCAAAGGCAAAGUCAUAAUUAUUGAAUUUUUAUAGUGAAUAAUGUAUAUCAGUUCUUCACCACAUUUCUGUAGGAUUUGCAUUUAUGUGUGCAGAUAUUGUAAUUUUGAAGUCUGGUCACACUUGCCACAGAAAUAGAUUAUUGCUCUCUGCGUUAGUUUACUGGGUGUCUGCAGUCAGUUGUAGUGAUUUAGGCUGUGAUCAUUACAGCCUGGUUUAUGUAAUGACAGCAGAUAGUCACCAAUGAGAUAGCAUUUUUUGUGAUGGUGUUUGCUCCAUAGUUUCCUUCAUGCUUCCAGCCCCCUUCUUGAGACUUGAUAAUUAGUGACAGGAACAAUAAUAUCCCAGAAAUCUUUGAAGACAAUAAAAAUGUCCUACAAAUUUGUUGCUAGCUAACAAGGGACAAAAUGGGUCUCUGAACAGACUGCAUCAAGGAAAGAUUAUAUUUUGCAUUACCUGUAGCAGACCAAUUACUUGUAUAUAUAAUACAAUGAUGAUAACAGUUUAUGUUGCCAAAUGCAAUUUUUAUUUCAAAUUUUAAACAUAUCUUUUGUAUCCAUAUUGACAAAGGUCCGAGCAAUAUUUUGAAUGAAAUUAAGCCCUGGGAGUUUGUGUAAUAAUGUGUACAUACUGUAAUCACUUUCAUAACCAAAGAGUUUCCUCUUAUUUUAUGAUACUCAUUGAUAACAGUGAGUUCAACCAGACAGCCGUCCAGUGUGUGUGUGUGUGUAUAUGUGAGCAUAUGCUGUAAAUAUAUGUACAGUGUUCGAACAAGUGACAACUGUGAACAAAACACAACAAUGCUAUUAAAAGUGUGUGCAUGAAAUGGUGUAAAAUAUGUACAUCUUCAUAUUAACAUUGCAGCAUAAAACAUGAAAUAUUGAAGUAGCUUUA